CGCCCCUCCGUCCUGCGAGCUGCAGGCAGACGCCGGUGCUCACUGCAGUCACUCCGCAGUGCAUCCAGCAGCAGACUGCAGUCUCCUCACACCGCUCCUCCCUGCGCUCCCCUGGCAGGUGGAAAGGACACGCAUAGAAGCACGCGGGGUCGCGACCAUGGCUUUCAUCUCAAUCUUUGCUAUUCUGGCCCUUGUGGUCUCAGCUGAAGGCAGUGUUGGACCCAGUACCAACAGCAGCUACUGCACAGAGUCAAAGGAAUGUCUGGAAUAUGAGCUGAUCUGCAAAACGGAUGAGUAUGAAGUGCGGCACUACAGCCCCACUCGCUGGGUGUCAACAGAUGCUGAAGCCUAUUUCAUGGGAGUGGGUGCGGCCAUGGCUUUCAGGAGACUCUUCCAGUAUAUCACCGGAAGCAACGAAGGAGGUGUCCAGAUGGAGAUGACCGCUCCUGUCCUGGUCAAGAUCCCAGAGAAGACCAAGAUGUGGGAGCCUGCUAUCUACACACUCAACUUCCCACUGCCUUCAGCCUAUCAGGACAACCCUCCAGCACCCACUAAUGACAAGCUGUAUUUCACUGAGAUGCCAGAGAUGGACGUGUACGUGAGGAGUUAUGGAGGCUGGAUGCUGUCGGUCACCUCCAGGCUUCACGCCCACCUGCUAACCAAAGAGCUAACCAGAGUUCGAGCUUCGUACAACCACAGCUAUCACUACGGAGUCGGCUACGACAGCCCCUUGAAGCUGUUGAACAGGCACAACGAGGUGUGGUACGUGGCCGACGGCGAGCCAGUUUGCUCAGAUCCACACGAGCCGACGCCUGCACACACACCCCGUCCGACUCCCACCGACUCGCCCACAGACUUCCCCUUCGAGCCUCUCCCAGACAGCCUCUCUGAUUCCCCCUCACUCACUCCCUCCGACCUGUCCUCAAACACCACGUCCAACUCCACCUCACAGAUGCCCUCUGACACACCCACUCUGUCCCCAUCAAACACUCCACCCAGUUCUCCAUCUGAUCUGCCUGCUCAAGCUGCAUUCAGCAAUCCCCAAACAUCCACCCAGAUCCUGCUGGAACCGACAUCCAACUCCUCCGAUCCCACCUCUGUGAGCCCGUCACUGGAGUCCCAGUCUGGCACCACUCUGUCGAACAGCGUGGCUACCAGCCCUGAGGAGACACCGGCCGACACUGAGCCUGUGGUCGAGCCAAAUGAUGCUCAUUAGCAGCAGUCAGAUGUGAUUUAAGCAGCUUUUCCAGAUAUAUUUCUAUGUAAUCUAAACAGAAAGCAAACAGUGGAGGUGCUUGAGUCUGCGUGUGAUAGACAGACCUGCUGUUUCUCUUCCUCCUUUUCUCACUAUACCCCUACUUAUGGCACCGAGUGUUUAACUGUGUGUUCUAUCGCAGCUUUGCACCUGCAGCUUCUUGUAUCACUGAACACGUGCACUUCCACUUUGUCAUUCCGAUCUUAUCCCACCGCUCCAGCGUAGAUUUAAGUGAAAUCUAUGUAUUAGUUAGAAGGUUAGUAAUCCGAGUUAUUGUGCUGGUUGAUAGAUGAAAUGCUGGAACGAAGAACAAUAGGCCAGACUUAAUUAUCUCAAUGCUGAGUUUCACACUGAAGUUCUUAAUAUUUACUGCCUGGGUGCAACUUUCUAAAAGUUCAUGCGUUCAACUUCUUCAGUCACUUUCGUGAUGUGUGUGGCAACAUAUUCAUUUUGCAUUUUCAUUAGGAUAUUUCUUGCAAUCUUAGACAGUAACUAAUAAUACAAACAGUUCCCAGAUUAUGACUUUGUAUUUCACUUUUCUUUCCAGUAUGUUGGCCCAGAAGAACCUCCAAAACUGCAGCCAUAUGAUUUGUCAGCUCCGAACUUAGAUAUGUGCAAUUAAAUAUUUACCAAAAAUACCUUUCCUUUGCAAUACAUUUAACCAGUAUGUUAUGGGAAUUAAUAGAGUCAUCAAAUUUCAACAUUUAUACCAGAACAGUAUGAUUGUUGAAAGUAAAACUGGACUCCUUGACUACCUGCUCUGGACUUUAGUUUUUCGAUUAAAGUUUCAAAACCUUUAAAAUUACUUUCCCUGCUAAACUUGACCAAAAAUAAGAAAUGUUUUGUAUGUUCUGUUACUUUAAAGUGGUCAGAAGUGUUUCUCACCACUAGGGGUUGCUGUAGAGCAGUGCUACGUCUCAAACUCUCUGAGCAAUCUUGGUUCUGACAAGGUGGAACUACUGAAGUGGCCAGUUAGUGUAUUUCUGGUAAUCUCUAUACAUGUCCAUAUAGUACAUGGUACUGUAAGCAAGGGUGAUACAACAAGAGUGGUAACGGCUAAUAAUAAUAAUAUGCCACAUCUUUAUCAGUAAAGAAGAAAGUCACUAUCAUUAUGUUAACGUAAGCAGCUAUUUAGCUUUGUGGGUGUUUUAGGGAGUAGGAGAUCAGUGUUUCAGCCAUCAAGGAUGUAAACGUCUUGGUAAGAAAUACUGAAAGUUAAAACUGUGUUUAUCUGUAAAGGAAAUUGUUAUAUUUAAUGUAAUUUAGCACUGUGUAGAAAUGAAGAAGUUCAGUCUGCCCUCAUGUAAAAUCUUGAUUAGUCAUAUUUCCUCUAGAAAAUCACUCCACAACCACGUUGCCGUAGCCGUGUCUGUGUUGGUUCUCUCUGGGUAGCUUUUAGCCCAGCAGUGGCACUGCUUUGCAAACCGUCUGCUUAAGUGUGACCUACAGUUUCAACCAACUGCAGUAAGACUGCUCCAAAGAUCUCAAAGAAUCCCAGUUGAUCAAACCAACGCAAUAAGAUUGACAUGUUAAUGAAUUACAUCCUCUAUUGAUGCAUCUCUGAGCUACAUGCUGUGUGUGUGUGUAUGUAUGUAUGUAUGUAUAUAUAUAUAUAUAUAUAUAUAUAUAUAUAUAUAUAUAUAUACACACAUUAUAUAUACAUUCUGUUCUGAUGAAGAUGCA